UGCUGAGCGCAGGUUCCUGAUGUGUCGCUCAAGCAGCUGGAGUUUCGGAUACGUCUCUGCAUCAUUCGCUGACAAAAUAUCACACAGUUCGGAACCAGAGCGCCUGAACUCAAAAGCAGCUCCAGACAAUGGCUCAGUGUACAGCAGCGUGCGGCAGUGGUGAUGUGAACGGAGGCAACAAGACGAAGAGGAAAGUGGCCAUCGUUACAGGCAUAACCGGUCAGGAUGGUUCCUACCUGGCUGAGUUUCUGCUGGCUAAAGGUUAUGAGGUUCAUGGGAUCCUCCGGAGGUCAAGUUCUUUUAACACAGGCCGGAUUGAACACCUCUAUCAUAACCCUCAAACGCACACAGAAGGAAGCACUGGAUCCUCUGUUGGUUACAUGAAGUUGCACUAUGGUGACUUGACUGACAGCACAUGCUUGGUGAAGAUCAUCAAUGAAGUCAAGCCCACAGAAAUAUACAACCUGGGAGCACAGAGUCAUGUCAAGAUCUCCUUUGACCUUGCCGAGUACACUGCAGAUGUUGAUGGGGUGGGUACCCUCCGGCUGUUGGAUGCAGUGAAGACCUGCGGUUUAACUGACAACGUCCGCUUCUACCAGGCCUCCACCAGCGAACUCUAUGGGAAAGUGCAGGAGAUUCCCCAGAAAGAGACCACCCCAUUUUACCCACGAUCCCCUUAUGGUGCUGCUAAGCUCUAUGCAUACUGGAUAGUGGUAAACUUCAGGGAAGCCUAUAAUCUUUUUGCUGUGAAUGGGAUCUUGUUCAAUCACGAGAGUCCUAGAAGAGGUGCAAAUUUUGUAACUAGAAAGAUCAGUCGAUCCGUGGCAAAGAUCCACCUCGGGCAGUUACAGUGCUUCAGCCUGGGCAAUCUGGACUCCAAACGAGACUGGGGCCACGCCAGAGAUUAUGUGGAGGCUAUGUGGCUGAUGCUUCAACAGGAGGAGCCUGAAGAUUUAGUCAUUGCGACAGGAGAGGUGCACAGUGUACGGGAGUUUGUGGAGAAAGCCUUCAAACAUGUGGGCAAAACCAUUGUGUGGGAAGGGAAGGAUGAGAAGGAGGUGGGCCGUUGUCAGGAGACAGGAGUCAUCCAUGUGAAGGUUGAUCCGAAGUACUACCGGCCAACUGAAGUGGACUAUCUGCAGGGAGACAGCUCCAAAGCCUUGAAGAAGCUGGGCUGGAAACCACGUGUGACAUUUGAGGAGCUUGUUACAGAAAUGGUGGCCGCAGACAUCGAGCUCAUGCGGAACAACCCGAAUGCCUGAGCCCACAUGCCUUAGUCUCUGCGUGCCAAAGGAGCAGUUUUCAUGUCUUUGAGUGUGUGUGAUUCAACCACAGGAAGAAGCAUUCUAAUGCAUUUAUUUUCCUCUGUCUAUCAUUUUCCCCCAACUCCAGCCUUCUGACCCCACUUCCACUGUGUACUGAAGGUUCCCGGUGUUGCCUUUUCCAUUCCUUGAAGGAAUAUUCAGAGUUCAAUUCAAGUUAAGCUCAAUCUACAGCAUUUGUGGCAUAAUGUUGAUCAACACACAAAAUAAUUUCGACUUGUCCCUCCUUUUCUUUAACAAAAAGCAAAAAUCUGGGUUACAGUGAGGAGGCACUUACAAUGGAAGUCAAUGAGGCCAAUCAGUAAAUGUUCCAAAAGUAUAGCCACAAGACAUAAACAAUGUGCAAGUUAACAUGAUUUUAGUGUGAUAUAAUUGCUUACUAACCUUCUCUGUGUUAUUUCCAAUUUUACAACUUUGUUGCCAUGACGAUGUAACCAAUUAACUAGAAGUGGAUGCACCUAGAACAGUAUUCCACUGAAAAAUGAUGAUUAUAACAACUUUAUUGCUCAAAUGAUACACAAGUGCUUUUAUAAAAUUCUAAGCUUCAAAUGUCAUCCUUUAAACCCUCCAGAAAUGGGCCCCCUUCACUUGCAUUGUAAGUGCCUCACUGUAACUGAUUUUUUUUUUUUUUUUUUUUUGGUUUUUAAUGAAAAGCCGGGACAAGUCAAAAUGUAUUUUUGUGGUAAUCAACAUUAUGCCACAAAUCCUGACAAUUGGGCUUAGCUUGUAUCAAACCCAGAAUAUUUCUUAAAUACGGUCACAUUUCUGGUUAUAUGUAUGGAUUUUUUGUUUGUUCUCUGUCUAAAUGAUUUCUAUUCAUUUAUAUAAUGCUGUUUUCAUUCAUAAUUAUGAUGAGAUAUAUAAAUAAGGAAUUAAAGAUUUUGU